GUCCUCCAUGACCUUGUGUUCCAUGUCCACUGUCCCAUACAACACAACAGUGUGUGCGUGUGCCCGUGAGAGAGAGAGACAGAGAUAGACAGAGAGAGAGAAAAACAUGGCAUCUUCUUCUCAGCUCUCAGCUCUCCCUCAACGUUUUGCUUUGGCUACCACGGACCACUUAAAUUUCAAGUCAGUUAGGAUUCGUGUGAGAUCUAGUUUGGAUCGUGAGAACCAAAAUCCAGGAGAUUCAGACAACUCAUCAAAACCAUCAAAGGGAUCUCAAUCAUCAAUCUCUCGGCGUUGUUGUCUCACAUGUUUGUGCUCAACUUUAUCUUUGAUAAACAAUUCUGGUACCCCUAUUUCCAUACAAAAUGCAACUGCUUUGGAAGGGAAUGAAAGACCGGGAUGCCGGAACUGUGGGGGCAGUGGUGCUGUACUUUGUGAUAUGUGUGGUGGUACUGGAAAAUGGAAAGCUCUGAACAGAAAACGGGCUAAAGAUGUCUAUGAAUUUACAGAAUGUCCAAAUUGUUAUGGUCGAGGAAAACUUGUGUGUCCUGUUUGUUUAGGGACUGGUUUACCGAAUAACAAAGGUCUUCUUAGGAGGCCUGAUGCAAAACAGUUACUUGAUAAGAUGUAUAAUGGUCGGCUGCUACCAAAAUCUUGAAUUAGAGGCUUUUUGAUCACAAGAAUACACUUCAACUAGUUGGAGAAAGAAGAGGCAGUAUAGAGUACUUGUUACACUCCCAAGUGCAGCACAGAUAUAAAGCCUUUUUCCUGUUGAGUAAUCAUCAGCUUGGUCUAACCGAAUAGUCUAUACUUGUGAUAAGUUGCAUGCAAUUUGGGCUUGAUACCAAGCACUGGGAAAUACCUUUUGUUUACUUUGUUACUAUAGUAAUUCACUUAGCUGGGGGAGAGAACUACAUGGUUCUACGAUGCCGUGUGAUACAUGAUAAUUGCAUUGCCAAGUACAAAAGGUUUUUUAUUGAUUUGAUCAAUGUACGACACUUGUGGUGGACUCGUUGAUCAUCACAAAUUGUAAGCAUUACAUUAGGCACAUUUGUUUGUUGUGGAAAAUGGACUUUGUUACUGAGCUUUACAA